CUAAGCUCAGUUUUAUUUUUUCGGGUAAGUGAAAAUGGUAAAGUGGAAGAAAAGUAGUGGACUAAUUGUGCUAGUGGCUGUAGUGAUAACAGUGAUAAGUGCAGUGCCUCAAAAAUCACUUGAUAGUGAAAAUGAGGAAUUGGAUGAUAUUGAGCCAUUUGUUGAUGAUGGACGCUUGCCCAAAGAUGUGGUUCCAGUUCAUUAUGAUUUGAGACUGACCACAAAUGUCCAUAAUAAUGGAAAUCGUGCAAUUACCGGUUUCGUGAAAAUUCUUGUGAAAGUUUUGACGGAAACAAACCAAAUUGUGUUACAUAAUAGAGGAUUAAAUAUCAAUUAUGUGAAUUUGUUAACAAAAAGUGGCGCAAGUUCUAUUGAAGUAACCUUUACUCUUGAUAGUUCAAAAGAGUUUCUAAUUAUCAAUCCUGAGAAUGCUCAAAUUGUUCUUCCAGCCGGAAAUGAAUUUUACCUUGAAAUUUCCUUUAACGGAAACUUAAGAACCGAUAUGGGUGGAUUUUAUCGAUCUUUAUACUACGUUACAGGCGAGACAUUGCCUCGAUACCUAGCUGCUACUCAAUUCCAGUCAACAUCAGCUCGCAGUGCUUUCCCAAAUUUUGAUGAACCAGCAUUAAAAGCUACAUUCUCGUUAGCAAUCACACAUGCAUCUCAUUAUGAAGCUAUUUCAAACAUGAAUGGAGUUCGGACCAAAAAUCUCGAUGGAACAACAACAACUUCAUUCGAUGAAACUCCAAUUAUGUCUUCCUAUUUAUUAGCUUUUGUAGUUUCUGAUUUCGCAUAUCGUAGCAUGUACAAUGGACCCGACAAGACAGAACAUCGAGUUUAUGCUCGUGAAGAAGAUGUUGAGAAUGUUAAGAUGUCACUUGUGAAUUCUGAUAUAUUUUUGAGAAAGUUGGAGGAAUAUUGCAAUUAUGUCUAUGAGAUUCCGAAGAUGUAUUCUGCAGCUAUUCCUGAUUUUGCUGCUGGAGCUAUGGAAAAUUGGGGACUUAUCUUAUACAAAGAACAAUUUCUUAUUGUGAAUGAAGAAUCACAUCCACGUGAAAUAUUUGACAUGUACCGUGUUACUGCUCACGAAUUAGCUCAUCAAUUCUUUGGCAACUUAGUAACUUAUGAUUGGUGGGAUAAGAUCUGGCUCAAUGAAGGGUUCGCAACAUUCUUCGAGUAUCUCCUGGUCGAGUUGACAUAUCCAAAUGAAAAUAUGCGCGGUCAAUUCAAUGUCAGAAAAACACAAAAUGCAUUCAGACGUGAUUCAUUACAUUCAACGGAACCAAUGACUACAGAAAAUAAUAAACCAACAGAAAUUAAUUACGAUAAGGGUGGUGCGGUGAUUCGAAUGUUCCAAUAUACAAUGGGCGAUGACUUAUUUAGAGCUGCACUCAGCAAAUAUCUAACUGAUAAUAAUCAUAAACCUGUUAAUACAGAAGAUUUAUUGGGAGUGUUUGAAGAUAUAAUUGCCGAUGAUGGUGGAAUUGCUGGACUGAACAUUACAAGAGCCUUCAAAACCUGGGAAUUGCAAAAAGGAUAUCCAAUGAUAACAGUGUCCUUCAAUUCAGCCGCAAAUCAAUUCGAAGUCACACAGGAACAUUACUUGUCGAUUUCGGAACAGAAAUUAUCAGAUGAUGAUAGUAGCUGGUACAUUCCGUUAAGCUACACAACUGGAGCAGUCCCCGACUUUGAAAAUAACAUUUUUACUGACUACUUUGUUGAUGGUACGUCUCAAAAGAAUAUUUCAACAGCUGGAAUUUCAGGAUUUGAUGGAAGUCAAUGGUUUAUCUUCAAUAUCCAGCAACUUGGAUUCUACAGAGUCAAUUAUGAUGAAAAUAACUGGAAAAAUAUCAUUAGCAUCCUCAAUAGUGACAAUUAUGAACAAAUUGAUGUCCUUAACCGUGCACAACUUGUCGAUGAUGCCUUAACAUUCGCAUUUGAUGGAGUCAUUUCCUAUGACAUUGCAUUCAGUGUAAUCAGCUAUUUAGAACGUGAAACAAACUACAUUCCUUGGUAUCCAGUCUCAAUUCACUUUGAUAAACUUGAUUAUAUCUUGAAAGGAACUCAACUCCAUGGUUCUUUUAAAAGAUUUGUCAGAAAAAUUAUGAGAAGACUCUACGUUGUGAAUGGACUUGAAAAUGUUCCAUCUGAUCCAGUUUUCAAUAAAUUUUCAAGGGAAUUAUCAAUCGAUUGGACAUGCCGAAUGGGUGAUCAGAACUGCUUGAACUACGCACACUCACAAUUGACAAAAGAAAAUCCAAAACCUGUUGAACUCGCACUUCUCUGUAAUGGAUUUAAAGGACUCAAUAGACAAACUGAAUUCAUCAAUAUUUACAGAAAGUUCCAAGCUUCAAGUGAUCAAAAUGACCGAAUUAGAUAUCUUGAUUCUCUUAUUUGUUCAUCAGAUCCAAAGACUAUUGGUGAUUUACUUGAAACAACAAUUGGAUCUGGAUCUGAAUCAUUCUACAGAUCUCAUGAACGUUCGAGAAUUUACAGCCUUUUGGUGUCAAGAAGUUCAGUUGGACUGGAAGUUUUGCUCAACUUUAUUCUUCGCUUCUAUGAUGAAAUUCGCUCUGUGAACGGAAAUGUGUUCGACAGUUGGCUAACAACAGCAUCGCGUCGCAUAUCUAACUAUGAUGAUGAAAAACACAUUUUUCAAACAAUUGACCAACUUGAAGCUGCAGGCAGAACUUUUGGUGCAAACCUUCGAACGAAUAUUGCCAAUAAUAUUCAAUUGAACCAUGACUUCAUAUUUAGCAACCGAUACAGCGAUAGCUUGUUGUUUAUCAACAAUUAUUUCAAAGCUAUUGAUGAUGAAGAACAGCAACUGAGAUUAGCACAAACAUCAGAACCACAAAUGUACAGAAUCAAGUUGAAUGUUCCACAAAUCCAAAAUGGAGGUUUACAAUUCACUGGCGAUGUCUCAAUUGACAUCAUGAUCAAGCAAAAUACUGACAAAAUCAUGUUCCAUUCCAAGCAACAAACAAUCAAUGAACUUAGAGUUUUCGAUAGAUUUGGAACUGAAGUGCAAGUUCUUGAUUAUAGUCUUCAAACUGCUGGAGAUUCAUUGACAAUUUAUUUCAUGGAUAUUUUGAGUGUUGGAAGUAAAAUCACAGUUAACAUCAAGUAUUCUGCAAACUUAUUGACAUCAAGUACUGGAUUUUACCGCACAUCUUAUGUAGAAAAUGGACAAACAAGAUACUUGGCAGCAACCCAGUUCCAACCUUCAUCAGCUCGUUAUGCUUUUCCUUGCUAUGAUGAGCCUGGCUUCAAAACUCCAUUUGAAUUGAGUAUCACACAUGACAAAUCAUAUUCAGCUAUCGCAAAUACAUUCGGAAUUGACUUUGACAAUGGUGAUGGAACAGUAACAACAGAAUUCGAGAGAACUCCACUAAUGAGUUCAUAUCUUGUGGCAUUUGUCGUGUCUGAUUUUGCACACAUCACAAAUGAAGAAACUCGAGGAACACGAGAGACUUUACAUAGAGUUUGGACAAAACCUGGUUCGAUUUCUAAGGCUAAUUAUGGUUUGGAAAAUUCAGUUAAAGCUUUACAAACUCUUGAAAAUUAUUGUGGAUUUGACUAUGUCCUUCCAAAAGUUGACUCUGCUGCUAUUCCAAACAAAAAUUCAGCAAUGGAAAAUUGGGGUAUGGUGACAUACUGGGAGACAGCAAUGAUAUACCAAGAAGACUUCAACAACAUCUCACAUUCACUGAAAUUAAGUGGAGUAACUGUUAUUGCUCAUGAACUUGCUCAUCAAUUCUUUGGUGAUGCUGUUACUUGCCAAUGGUGGGAUCAAAUCUGGUUGAAUGAAGGAUUUGCUACACUCUUCGAACGUGUUCUAGUUGACAUUAUGGAACCAACAUGGAGAUCUCAUCACUUUAUGAAUGCAUUCUCAAUUCAUAAUCGUGCAUUCAUCAAUGAUGCAAGAGAAACUACAAGACCAAUGACUUGGGAUGUGAACACACUCACGGAAAUCAGUAACUCGUUUGAUCGCGUUGCUUAUGAAAAAUCUGGUGCUGUAUUGAGAAUGUUCUUGUAUACAAUUGGAGAAAAUAAUUUCAAGAAAUCUCUUCAAAAAUACCUAAAAACUUACAACAACAAGCCAGUCAUCUCACAAAACUUGAUUGACACAAUUGUACUUACAUUAAAUGAAAACAACGCAUAUAAAAUUGACUUUGACAGAGCCUUCAGAACAUGGGAGAAUCAAAGAGGAUAUCCAUUACUCAAUGUUAAAUAUGAUCCAUCAUCCAGAGUAUUCCGUCUCACUCAAGAGAGAUUCUUUGAGACCAGGAAAGUCAAUUCCGAUGAUCAAAGCAGUUGGUACAUUCCACUCAAUUUCGCAACAUCUUUGAGUCCAACCUUUGAUACCACAAUCAACUACUACUUCGAAAAUGGAGUCCAAGAGCUUACGAUUCCAAUCAACAACUUCGAUUUGAGCUACUGGUAUGUCUUCAAUAAGCAACAACUUGGAUACUAUCGUGUAAACUACGAUGCAGCUAAUUGGAGAUCGUUGAGCUUUGCCUUGAACAGUGCUGAAUAUUCCAAGAUCCACAUCAUGAAUCGUGUCCAAUUAAUUGACGACUCAUUUGCACUUGCACAAGGAGGAUAUAUUGACUUGACUGUUGCUUAUGACAUUCUCAAAUAUCUUGAUCGAGAAGAUGACUUCUUCCCAUGGUAUACAUGCUAUCGAUAUCUUAAUACUUUGUUCACUGUUUAUGGAAAUAAGAACGAGAAGUUGAAUAAAUUCUUCAACAAGCUCUCAGACAAGUUCUACAACAAAUAUAAGCUAACAACACUCGGAACAAUUCCAGAUGAAAUCGUCCCAGAAAGAUAUGGACGUGAUUAUGCAACAUACUUUGCUUGUAAUCACAGAAAUGAACAAUGUCUUAAAGAUUCGUAUGAUGUACUCUCUAGAUUUGCUGACGAAGGUGUCCUUGUUCCAAAUGGAUUGGAGAGAAUCUACUGCACUGGUUUAAGAGGAGUUGAUAAACAAGAAUUGUUCACUAAAAUAUGGAACAUCAUGUCAAACACAGCUGACACAGCAUUCAAAUCAACACUGAUUAAUGCAUUAGGAUGUUCUGAUGAUCCAGAAGCACUCAGAGAUUAUCUCGAUACUUCUGUGGGAAGUGCAAAUAGUGUCAAUUACACAACUUCAGAAAGAUUGGCCGUUUUCAAUGCAGUUUUGACCAGUUAUUCAGGCUUACCAGCCACAAUUGAAUUCUUGAAAAGAGAACAAAAUGCAGCAAUUUCCAGCUAUCGCACAACAUUGAUGAAUCUUCUUACAAGCAUGGCAAACACAAUCAGAAAUGAGGACGAUCAAAUGUUGUUCCUUUCAUUCUUAAUGACUAGAUCAGAACUGACUGGUGAUAACUUCUUGUCACUCGCACGUAUUAUCUCAAACAAUUUGGAUAGACAGAAGUCAGCACAAUACUUACAACACAUGAAUCAAAUCGAGAGAAUUUUGAACGAAUGGGACAGUGGAGUGUCAGAUGAAGGACAAGUCUGGAGACUUCCAAAGAAGUCUAAGCCAACUUACUACAGAGUUCAUCUUGAUGUUAGAAAUAUUCACACUGGAAACCGUGCCUACUCUGGCGAUACCACAAUUCAUGUUGAUAUCCUUGAAAAAACUGAUCGUAUCAUAUUCCAUUCUAAGAAUCAAGUCUUUAAUUCAGUUACUGCUAUAAAUUUAAGAACAAACAGUAUAAUUGACAUCAUUAAUUAUCGUCUCACUCCUGCUUAUGAAACAAUCAUCGUCUAUUUCGCAAAUGAACUUCCUGCCGGUACGAAGAUAUCAGUAAAUCUCAAAUACACAACAAGUCUUGCUACAUCAUCAACUGGCUUUUAUCAAACAUCUUACACCAUGUAUGGAAGAACUAGAUAUGUAGGAACAACACAAUUUGAGGAAACUGGUGCUAGAUAUGCAUUCCCAUGCUAUGAUGAACCAGAAUUUAAGGCUGUGUUCGAGCUAUCAUUCACUCAUGACUCCUCAGUUACUGUAUUUGCAAAUACAUUCGAAACUGUUGUUGAUAACAACGACGGAACGGGAACAUUCACAACAUCAUUCGAGAAAUCACCAAUCAUGAGUUCAUACCUUAAUGCAUUCGUUGUAUCAGAUUUGCAAUACAUUGAUAAUUCAGCAACUAAGACAGAGGAUGAAACUCUUCACAGAAUUAUUGUCCGUGAGGACUCACUCGAGAAGGCCCCUUAUGCGCUGGAAAAUUCAAUUAAAGCUUUAAAGGCAUUAGAAGAAUAUGUUGGAUAUAAAUAUGAAAUGCCUAAAGUAGAUUCAGCUGGUGUUCCUGGAAAGUCUGGUGCUAUGGAGAAUUGGGGAAUGGUUAUUUACAGAGAAAAUGCUAUGAUAUAUGAUGUAGAUCCUGACAAUGUCCCACAUACACAAAAGUUCAGUGGAGUUAGAGUUAUCUCCCACGAAUUAGCUCAUCAAUUCUUCGGAAAUGCCGUAACAUGCUCAUGGUGGAGCUACAUUUGGCUUAAUGAAGGUUUUGCACAACUUUUGCAGUACACAUUGACUGAUAUGUUCCAACCAGACUGGAGAAUGAUUGAUUUCAUGAAUAUUUUAGCCGUUCAGUCAACUGCAUUUAGAGUUGAUGCUCGAACUACAACACGUCCAAUGACUAAAGAUGCUAAUACAAUCACUGAAAUUGGAAAUUUGUUUGACAGCAUUGCUUAUGAUAAAUCCGCCAGCGUCCUUCGUACUUUUGAACAUGCAAUGGGAUCGAAUCUUUUCAAACAAGCAUUGAAUCUUUAUGUCACUACAUAUGAUCAUCAACCUGCUGUUUCACAAAACUUGAUUGACUCAUUCAAGACAACAUUCCAAAGGAACAGCUACAACGCAUUUGACUUUGAGAGAGCAUUUAGAACUUGGGAGACACAAUCUGGUUUCCCAUUGAUUCAUGUUCGAUAUGACUUGGAAACUCUUUCAUUCCGCGUCAGACAAGAAAGAUUCUUUGAACAGAAGAGCUUAAAUAAUAAUGAUCAAUCAAGCUGGUACAUUCCACUCAAUUAUGGAACUCAAAAUAACCCCAACUUUGGCAGUACAUUAGCUACUGACUACUUCUUGAAUGGAGAAGCAGAAAAAUCUAUUGAUGCAGUUCCUGGCGAGUGGUAUGUCUUCAAUAAACAACAAAGAAGCUACUAUCGAGUCAAUUAUGAUGAAUCAAACUGGGUUGCAUUGAGCAACGUCCUCAGCAGUGAUGAUUAUGAUAAGAUCCAUGUCAUGAACAGAGCUCAACUUAUUGAUGACUCAUUUGCACUUGUCAUUGCUGGAUAUCUUAACGAUUAUCAAACAGCUUAUGAUAUCUUGAAAUAUUUGGUCAAUGAAGAUGAUUAUUUCCCAUGGUAUCCAGCUAACCGUUACAUCAGUCCACUUUAUAGUGUAUUCGGAACUAAGAAUGAAGCUUUAAACUCUUUCAUCAGAAAACUAUCUGAAAAGUUCUAUGCCAAAUACAAACUUCCAGCUGACAAUACCAUUCCAAAGGAUGCUUUACCUGAACGCUAUGGACGGGAUUUAGCAACAAAUCUUGCAUGUAACUCCGGAAAUGAUCAAUGUUUGAAAGACACUUUCCAACUUAUCAAGCAAUAUGCCAAUGAUGACAUAAGAAUACCCAAUGGAUUAGAAAGCAUGUACUGUCAUGGUUUCAGAGGAACUGGCAAGCAAGAUGAAUUUGUAAAGGUUUGGAGAAAGAUGCAAAUCACAGCUGAUACAACAUUCAAGACAACUUUAAUCAAUGGUUUGGGAUGUACAGAUGAUAAGGAUGCUCUUACUGACUAUUUGGAAUCAACACUUGGAUCUGGAGCUAGUCAAGUCAAUUACACACAAACAGAACGUCGUGCUGUAUUCACUGCAGUAUUAAAGAGUUACUCAUCAUUGCCAGUUGUUGUUGAAUUCUUAAAUAAAUUUGAACUUGACAUUAUUUCACGAUAUGGAUGGACUCUACAGACAAUUCUCAGUAAUGUUGCUACUACAAUCAGAACUAAGGAUGAUCAAAUAAUCUUCACUGACUACUUGUUGACAUUACAACAUUUGAGUAUAGAUGUCUUAGCUUCACUUUUGAAGACCAUGUCCAACAAUAUGAAUCAACAGACAGCAUUCACAAAUGCAAGACAAAUGGAAAUCAUCAAAACCAUAGCUAAUGAAUGGGAAUUCGGUAUCAUUGAUGGACAUCAGUUGAGAUUACCGGAAACAUCAAUGCCAGAGUAUUACAAGAUUCAUCUUGAUGUAAGAAACAUCCAUUCUGGAGAUCGUGCAUACACAGGAGAAGUAAGAAUCGAUAUUGUCAUGCUUGAAAUGACAAAUCGCAUCAUCUUCCACUCAAAGAAUCAAGUCAUAAAUGAGAUCACAGCUUAUGAACGAACAUCAGGAAGAGAAAUCAAGGUUGCCAACUACCGUCUUUUCCCAUCAGCUGACACAAUUUUGAUUUUCUUCGAAGAUGCAUUGACUUCAGGUGCUAAAAUUGCUGUCAACAUCAAAUAUUCAACGAGCUUAUUAACUGCUGCAUACGGAUUCUAUCAAACUUCAUACAGUAUGUAUGGAACAACGAGAUACGUUGCAGCUACACAAUUUGAACCAGCAAGAGCUCGAUAUGCAUUCCCAUGCUACGAUGAGCCAGAAUUUAAGGCUGUAUUUGAACUUUCAUUCUCACAUCACUUCUCAGUCAAUGUCUUUUCUAAUACCAUGGAACAUGUUGUUGCUGAUAAUGACGGUUCUGGAUUAUUUACAACUCACUUCAAACCAUCACCAAUCAUGAGUUCGUACUUGAAUGCCUUUGUUGUGUCAGAUUUCACAUACAUCAGUAAUGCAAACACUAAAGGACCUAAUGAAACUUUACAAAGAAUAAUCAUCAGUGAAGAUUCAAUCGAAAAGGCUGAUUUAGCAUUGGAUAGUUCAAUUGCUGCUUUGAAAGCUCUUGAAGAAUAUGUUGGAUUCAAAUAUGAGUUGGAGAAGCUUGAUUCAAUCAUGGUUCCUGGAAAAGGUGGUGCAAUGGAAAAUUGGGGAUUAAUCACUUACGUACCGUCUGCAUUAGUUUACGAUGUUGAUCCAAAAGACAGUCCACAUUCACAAGUUUUCAGCGGUGUUCGAGUCAUUUCUCAUGAAGUUGCUCAUCAGUUCUUUGGAAAUGCGGUCACAUGUCAUUGGUGGAGUUACAUCUGGAUGAAUGAAGGAUUUGCUCAAUACUUACAAUACAAACUAACAGACAUGUGGUUACCUGAAUGGAGAAUGCAAGAUUACAUGAACAUUCUAUCAGUUCAGGGAUCUGCAUUUAUUGUUGAUGCUCUAAAUACAACAAGAGCUAUGACAUCUGGUGCAUUAACAACAACAGAAAUCAGUGGAUUGUUCGAUAAUAUUGCUUAUGAUAAGUCCGGAAGUGUUCUUCGUAUGUUUGAGUAUGCAAUCGGAGAACAAUUAUUCAGACAGUCAUUGAACUUAUAUGUCACCGUCAACAACCACAAAGCUCCAGUCUCACAAGCACUUAUGGAUGCAUUUACAGAAACCCUUUCCAGAGCUGGAUACAAGUUAGACUUUGAUCGAGCAUUCAGAACAUGGGAAAGAACAAAAGGAUAUCCAGUCAUUAAUGUCAGUUACAAAUCAGAUAUUCAAUCAUUCAGAAUAAAACAAGAACGAUUCUUUAGCAACAAAGCACAAAGAGUUAAUGAUGGAAGUAGCUGGUAUAUUCCAUUGACUUAUACAACAUCCAAAAAUCCAAACUUUGAUGACACAUCAGUAACUGACUAUUUCAUUGAUGGAGAAGAAAUGUGGAAUAUUUUGGCUCCAGAACAUGAUUCACAGAGCUGGUAUGUCUUCAAUAAACAACAACGAGGAUAUUAUCGUGUCAAUUAUGAUGCAAACAACUGGAAAUUAUUGAGUAAUGUACUCAGCAGUGCUGAUUAUAAUAAGAUUCAUGUCAUGAAUAGAGCUCAACUUAUUGACGAUUCAUUUGCACUUGUCUCUGCUGGAUAUUUGACUGACUAUGAAACUGCUUAUGAUAUUUUAAAAUAUUUGGUUAAUGAGGAUGACUUCUUCCCAUGGUACACAGCUAAUAGAUAUAUCAAUCCACUCUAUAGUGUCUUUGGAAACAAAAAUGCAGUCUUGAAUAACUUCAUCAAGAAACUUUCAGCUAAGUUCUAUGGCAAAUAUAAACUUCCAGCAAAUCAAGUCAUUCCUGAUGACAUUAUUCCUGAACGCUAUGGACGAUCAUACGCAAUGAACCUUGCUUGUGUCUCUGGAAAUGAGCAGUGCUUAGAAGACACUUUAAGACUUGUCAGCAACUAUGCAAAUUUCAGUCAACCAAUUCAUAAAGGAUUAGAAAGCAUCCUUUGUCACGGUAUGAGAGGACCUAAUUCUUUCGAAACAUUUGUAGCUUUAUGGAGACGUUCCCAACUCACUGCUGAUGCUUCAUGGAAAACAACUUUAUUAAAUUCAUUGGGAUGCACAAACGAUGAAACAUUAUUGUUUGAUUAUUUGGAAUCAGCUUUAGGAUCUGGAAGUGGAAAUGUCAACUACACUCUCAGUAAUCGUCAAGCUGUCUUCUCAGCUUCACUACAAAGCAAAGUCAUUGUUCCAGUUUUCGUUAAAUUUAUGACCAAAAACUCAGCUACAGCUAUUUCAACAUUUAGAUAUUCAUUAGCACAAAUGAUCACCAUGGUUGCUAAUACAGUUAGGACAAGAAAUGACCAGCUUCUUCUUAUAGAUUAUAUGGCAACAGCAAAUGGAUUAUCUGGAGAUGAAUUCAAAUCUAUUUUAUUUUUGAUGACAAAUGCAUUGACUCAACAACAACAGCCUCAAUAUGCUCGUCAAAUUCAACUGAUGGGUGUUAUCUUUCCAUUAGAUCCGAACGAUGAGGAAACAACAAUUAGCCCUAGAAUAACUACGGAAACGGAACCGGAUACGACAACCACAUCUUUAACAACUAGUAGUACAACAACUGCAUCUCCAACAACCAGCAGUGCAACAACCAGCAGUACAACAACCAGCAGUACAACAACCACAUCUCCAACAACCAGCAGUUCAACAACCACAUCUCCAACAACCAGCAGUACAACAACCACAUCUUUAACAACCAGUAGCACUUCAACAUCUACGACCACAACGAGUAGCCCAAAUAAUAUCCCAACCACAACCCAGGAACCAACAACACAAGCUCCAACGACUCAAGCUCCAACAUCAACAACUCCCAACAGUUCAAUAUCAAUCAGUGCAAAUCUGAGCAUUUUAGUUUUAUGUGCUGUUCUGACAAUUUUCUUCAGAAAUUAA